GUCAAUUGAUUCCUUGACGAGAGCAUUGUCCUCCUCUGUCGCAGAAUCUCUCGACAGAGAUGAUGUCGCAGCUUCCAUAUUCAGAGUACGUCAAGCCAAGUUUACACUCCGGGAAGCUUUUGAAUGGGGGUUUUCACUAAUAUCUAAGCGAAGUGUUGGCGUGAACAUGAUGAAUUGGUGAUGGACUUGCCUUUGGAUUCAACUUGCUGGAUACAUUAUUAUCCACUUUUGUGUUCACUUCACCCGAAUCUUUCUCUUUCUCAACUCAUUUUGUGUGUGCACUGGUGCCUAAGCCAGGUUUUAUUGGUGGUCACGGUAUCGUCUUUGUUUUAUCUGCCUCCAUGGAUCUCACUCAGGCAGACGCAACACAGUUCUUGGGGCUUUUUAACAUCUCAACUCAAGGUUCCUCUUCUUCGCACCUAGUUGCUGUUGAGCUAGACACUGCCCUCAGCGCUGAGUUUGAUGACAUUGAUGCCAAUCACGUUGGAAUUGAUGUCAAUAGCCUUAUGUCUAUUGCUUCUACUCCGGCUGCUUACUUUUCCGAGAUAGAUGGGGAGAACAAAAGCAUACAACUUCUCAGUGUUGAUCCUAUUCAAGUUUGGGUGGACUACGGAGGAAGUGUACUUAAUGUUUCUCUGGCUCCUCUUAAAAUUCAGAAGCCAAGCCGGCCUCUUUUGUCAAGAUCCAUCAACCUUUCAGAAACAUUUCCAGAUAGAAAGUUCUUUCUUGGGUUCUCUGGAGCCAAUACAUACAGGGACAUUGAUCAGCUACCAAUACAUACUCGGAUGGAGUUUUAGCAGAAACACGGUGUCAUUACAGGCCUUGGAUGAAAGUAAACUUCCUCGAGUUCCUCGUCAUAGAGCUAAAAAUAAGAGACCAUCAGCGCUGCUUAUUACCCUGGUCGUUUUACUAGCUAUUAUAGUGCUUUUGGCUCUUGGAGCAGCUUAUAAUUACAGGAGAAGGAAAUAUGCAGAAGUAAGAGAAGAAUGGGAAAAAGAAUAUGGUCCACACCGUUUUUCUUAUAAAGCUCUGUACAAUGCAACGAAAGGUUUUAACAAGGAUGGAAUUCUUGGAAAAGGAGGUUUUGGAGAAGGGUACAGAGGAACUCUGCCUUCCAAAGAAAAAAUAGCAGUGAAAAGAGUGUCCCACGAUGCAGAGGAAGGGAUGAAGCAGUUUGUGGCUGAAAUCGUGAGUAUGGGUAACUUGAAGCACAAGAACAUGGUUCCACUUAUUGGGUAUUGUAGAAGAAAAGGUGAGUUACUUCUGGUAUCUGAAUACAUGCCCAAUGGUAGUCUUGACCAAUACUUAUUCAAUGACGAAAAACCACCCUUUUCAUGGCAUCAAAGACUUGUAAUCAUCAAGGAUAUAGCUUCAGCUCUUAAUUACAUGCACACAGGAGCUCCCCAAGUUGUUCUCCACCGGGAUAUCAAGGCUUCUAACAUUAUGUUAGAUGCUGAAUUUAAUGGAAGGUUAGGGGAUUUUGGUAUGGCAAGGUUUCAUGAUCAUGGGAGAGACCCUGCUACAACUGCUGCUGUAGGAACCAUUGGCUACAUGGCACCAGAGCUUACUACAACUGAUGUGUAUGGAUUUGGUGCUUUUUUACUUGAAGUAACAUGUGGGAGGAGACCUGUGGAACCUGGGUUGCCAGCUGAAAGAUGGUAUAUAGUUAAGUGGGUAUGUGAAUGUUGGAAAAUGGCGUCUUUGCUCGGAGCUAGAGAUCCAAGAUUGAGAGGUGAAAUCUCAGCUGAGGAAGUUGAAAUGGUACUGAAACUUGGGUUGCUUUGCACAAAUGGUGUGCCAGAACUAAGACCUUCUAUGGAAGAGGUUGUGCAAUACUUAAACGGAAGCCUAAAGCUGCCUGAUAUCUCUCCGAAGUCUCCUGGUAUCGGGUCCUUUACCCCAUUGAUUAUCGGAUCAAACCCCUUCCCUGUCUCCCCCACUACCAAGACCUUUUACUCUUCUUCCUCGGCCAACGACUCUACAUUUGUUACUCACUCAAUUGUCCAUGGCCAUGGACGGUAAACUUGGACGGUAGAUAUUUUUUUUUUGAAUGGAAAAGCUCCAUGCUAGGCUUGUGUGAAGGUACUUUAGUUUGGCAGGCAUACCAUUGUGCUCCACCUGUGAAGUCUAUUUUUGAUAUUUGACAAAGACAUCCACCAUUGAAAAGUAGUGUUUGGAGUCUUUUGUAGAAGUGCUGUUAAGCUUUGUAAAUUUUGAUGUUUCAUAUCUCCAUUUCUCUUUUUUACAUUAACUUAUUGCAUUUUCCAGUAAAUAAGAGGCUUUUGUACAGAUGUUUAGAAGUUGUUCUUCACUCUGUCUGCUAAAUUUGAUCUCAUUCUGUUA